UGGGCAUCUACCUAAUGCUCGUAUCAUCCGCCAUCGCCGAGGAAUUACCUGAGUGUGUCUGCAAUGACGUGAUGGUCAAGUGUGUCCGCUCCUGCCAAAAGCUGUGCGUGGAUAAACUUUAUAUACGCAAAUGCAGGUACGUCCAAUGCAAAAGAGGCUGCGCCUGUACCCCCGGAAUGGUGCGGAAGCGCGACAUCACUGGCAUGUGUAUCCAUCGAAAGGAUUGCCACCGCUGGAUCAUCUAGUCGUUUCUCAAUAAAGACGAACAAUAUAAA